UGCAGUAAUGCGCCUCAGAGCUGGUUGCCACCCGACUCACGCCACGGCUACAGGGGUAGUUCCCUCUCACUGUGCCCGGACUGCUGCGACACAGUGUAGGGAGCUCGCGCGGGAAGUGCCGCUCUAACCGCUGGUUGAUAAGAGGGACCCUACAAACACUACUAAACAUGUCGAAACGGCGGCGCAAAACCUUGGAAACUCCUCUGUUAUGGAGCGUGAAUGGAAGCUAGCGGGGUUCGCUUCGGUGUGCAGCUGUGUGUGUGCGCGCGACUCAGACUGGAUGAGUACUUGUAUAUUUUCACCAUGUUGUGUUUUACUUAGGGACCUUGCGUAAGGACCAUUUUACAACGCCCACUGACGACGUGCAGGUUCUGAGUGAAAAAAGCCGAGAGGCACGUUUGCUCUUGCACUCAGUGCGUAACAACCGUCAAUUGCCAUUAUCAACACACACACACAACACAUUCCGGCCUUCAAAAUAAGAGCGCUCUUUGUCAUAUUUGUCUGUGUAAACAAAAUAAGGGUGCCAUUAAAAUAUCCUACAUUAAUAUCGCGAUGGGAAUUACAUCUGUGACUCCAUCUGCCUUCAUCACAAGCACGAGCAUUACAGUUUGUUGAAGGUUUUGUAGCAAUAUGUGCUGAGGCUGGCGUCCCCUUAGAAACGUUAGCAAGCUACAUCCAUUUCUAAAUUACUGGACAAAAUGGACCAAUGGUGUAUUGCAUCAAUAAAUGUCAGGAUUUUUGCAUUUUAUUCACUAACCCAAAUAGCACACACUCUAUGCUGUUAAAAUAAGUGGAAAAGGCAAAAAAACUGAAUUCUAUGAAAUUAAAAGGGAAAAAACGGAAUUUCGGGGAAAAAAACGGAUUUCAUCGAGCCCUAAGAGAGUUUGUUUUAAAAAAAAAAAAAAGUCAUACAGUAUGUUCUAAAUCACACCACAAAUUGAUCGAUAACCAUGUCAAACGAUUAGUCCUACCCUAAAAGUAUUUUGCACGCCCAUUUUUUCCAUUUUUCUCUUUUAUUGGAUGGCCUUUUAUUGGAUCUUUUAUUGGAUUCGGGACCUGGCUCUCAAUCAAUUCAAUCCCACAAAUUCAUGUUUGUAAUAAAAGCUUAUUAUUAUUGAAAAAAAAACAAAACAAAAAAAACGAUCGGUAUCGGAUCGGCAAGACUAUACCAAAAAAUCGGAUCAGAAGGCAAAAAAUGUGGAUCGGGUCAUCCCUCAUUUGAAUCCAUCUAUCCAUUUUCUACCGCACUGUGGAUGGCUAGAGCCAAUGCCAACUGUCCUUCCGAUAUUUUUCGGGUCAGACGCCAAAACACAAUUGUAAUUGGACAAUGCGGUAGCCUACCAGAUAGGCUAGCUAAUUCUGUAGCACACCGGUGUCUAAUACGCAGUGAUAACCUCUCAUUGAUGAAACGGUCAAAUAUGAAGCUUCUUUAGCAACAGUGACGAACGUAAAACCAUCCACAGAUAGGGAAUAUGCCAAUACAUUCAAGCGUGAUGUGGCAAAGGAACUUUUUGACAUCUUUUCGGAUCAAGACCAGAUAAUCAAACGAAUAAAAGACGUGCCUCUGUCAGCCAGAACUGCUCACGAUCGUACCAUCAUGACGGCAAAUCAAGCGGGGCAAACACAAGCGAAGGACGUGAAGCUUGACCUCACAAUGUCUCAAUCAGCAAAACCAUGCAGCACCAGACGUCGCAUUCAUGCUUUUUAGUCAGUUGGCCUAAGGUGAGAAUGUUCUGGAUUCCAGCUGGUCCAGCAAUCUCCACUUCCAUCUCACAGCCUGAGCCUGAAGGCGACCACCAUUUGGGGACAGCAAAUGUUGGACACCGGCUGAGGGAACUUAACACUUCCCCUCUUGCCGCUUCGCCUAUCUCACUUCCUCCACUCUCACCUGAGCUUUGGUGCACUUGUGAUUCAUCCUUGAAGCCUCUCAACAUGCUCCUCUGCCUCUUGGUGUUUAACUUCAGUAGCUCAGUUGUUCAUUUGCAGCCAGAUUCAGUCGUUCCUGCUGCUCCACAGCAUGCAGCGCAUUAUCUUGCUCAAACUGAAUCCAUUGGCCCACUGACGCUGACAGCCACACCGGACUACCCGGUGGCGGAGGGUCAAAAGGUCAUCAUGCACUGCAGUGGCCCGACGUCGGCCAACGUGGUUUGGUCAUGGCAGAGACAGCAGAACCAGCUGUGGCAGGACGUGGGAAUCGGGAACAAUCUGACCCUCAGUGAGCCGGGCCAUAGCGGGCUGUACCGCUGCAAUGCUAGCAACAAACACUCGGACAACGUGAGCCCCACCCACAACGUCUACAUCGUCUCUUUUCAUGCUACAGAAGUCAAGAGUAUGGAAAUAACUGCCUUCACUCUCUCGCUGCUGGCCUUGACGGUUAACAUCAUCAUUCUACUCUGGCUACUCUGGGAAAGACUUCUGAACAAGAAAAGCUCCUCCAACACAGGACCUAAAGGUUUCCCAAGACCGGGAAAGGAGCCAAAGGGAGCUUUGCCACAGGCCGAGAAUGACGGACAUGAGUACAUGAAUUACUCAAGCACCAACCUUGCCUACACAGAUCUGGAUCCCACAAGCAUGACCAGCGACAACACUUACUCAAUUCUGUCAUGAGCUGAAUCUGUACAGGAAAGGGUUAUUUUAUGCAGGGUUUUCCAUUUUUUAUCAACUCAGGAGCAAAACAUAUACCGUCAUGUACACUCAGCAAAAAUAUAAACGCAAAACUCCCAUUUUUAAUUAAUUAAUGAGCUGAACUGAAAGAUGUAAAACUUUUUCUUUGGACACCAAAAGCCUAUCUCUCUCAAAUCUGUUAGUAAACAUUCAUCAUUCAUAACUCAUCCACCUGACAGGUGUGGCAUAUCAUGAUGCUGAUUAUUGCACAGGUGUGUCUUAGGUUGGCUACAAAAAAAGGCCACUCCAAAAUUGAAGAGUAACGGUUAUCCUGAGGCCUGUUGUGCCAAUGGUGGUAAAUGUCAUCAAGUCACUGUAUAUUUUAUUGACGCCAUGUCAAGAAAACUCUGUAGAAAUGAGGGUUUACAUUAAAAUCACAUUGGUUCUGUAAUUUGUUGGUUCAUUUUGGUUGAUUCUCAUCAGAAAGAGUCAUCACACAGACUUCUGCUUGCAAAACUUCCGCUUUUCUGUGACUGUGUUUGAGCGCCUGACACAGGAAGUUGAAUUUGUGCAAUUCGGUCUGGGGAUCGAACAUUAUGAAAGUGUUCUUUACAAAAUAAACUAUUUUAACGCUGGGAAGGUCAUAUAAUUAUUUACAAUCUCUUAUUAACAAAUGGGAUGGGCAAAAUAUCUUUUGGUAUAACCCAUGACAGUUCUGUAGCAAUCCAUGAUGCCAUCGCUUGGCAGUUUGAAUUAUGCAGGCUGAUUGAGCUCGCCCGGGAGUUUGUGGCUCUGGUGC